AGGCGAGACUCUGAACGUGUUCCUUCACGACGAUGCGGUGUACGGCCUGUCGGUCAGCCCCGUUAACGACAACGUGUUCGCCAGCUCCUCUGACGACGGACGGGUCCUCAUCUGGGACACACGGCAGCCACCACACGGAGAGCCCUUCUGUUUGGCCAACUACCCGUCAGCCUUCCACAGUGUGAUGUUCAACCCGGCAGAGCCCCGACUGCUGGCUACAGCCAACUCCAAGGAGGGGGUGGGGCUGUGGGACAUCCGCAAGCCUCGCACUUCUCUGCUGCGGUACGGUGGUAGCAUGUCCCUGCAGAGUGCCAUGUCGGUGCGUUUUAACAGCGCAGGGACCCAGCUCCUGGCCCUGCGUCGCAGGCUACCCCCGGUCCUCUACGAGCUACACUCUCGCCUACCCAGCUUCCAGUUCGACCACCAGGGCUACUUCAACUCCUGUACCAUGAAGAGCUGCUGCUUCGCUGGAGACAAGGAUCAGUAUGUCUUGUCUGGAUCAGAUGACUUCAACCUUUACAUGUGGAGAAUCCCCAAGGAUCCUGAAGCAGGAGGCCCGGGGCGUGUGGUCAACGGAGCGUCCAUGGUCCUGAAGGGUCACCGUUCCAUCGUGAACCAAGUCCGGUUCAACCCCAGCACCAAUAUGAUCUGCUCCUCCGGGGUCGAGAAGGUCAUCAAGGCGUGGAGCCCCUACCAGCAGACAGAGAGUCUGGGCGACCUGGAUGGUUGUGUGGAGAAUAAGUCCAGGAGUCUGUACAGCCAUGAGGAGUACAUCAGCCUGGUGCUGAACAGUGGCAGUGGCCUGAGGCACGACUACGUCUCACAGUCCAUCCAGGAGGAUCCUCGUAUGAUGGCCUUCUUUGACUCUCUGGUUCGUCGGGAGAUCGAGGGCUGGAGUUCGGACUCAGACAGUGACCUGAGUGAGGGGGCCAUGCUGCAGCUCCACGCCAGGGGACGCCGCUCCACACGGGCUGUAGGAGACGGCGCCGGGGUCCUGGUUGGUGCUGCUUCACCUGUACAUCCCGCUGCUGCUAUGGGCGACUCGGACCGCUCCUCCUCAUCCUCAUUGGCUGCACCCGAGGCCUUGGGGGCGGAGCCGCUGCUGCCCAGGAGUCGUCAGCGACAUCACCAGUCUGCGUUCUUAUUGGACCUGGUGGGAGAGGACUCUGAUUCCUCUGGGUUCUGGCUGGACCCCAUGCCACGCCCCAGCCCCCGAGACAACUCCACCCUCUCCAGCCCCACAUCCUCCCCCGCUGGGGCCUCCUCCAGCUCCUCCAACACCUCCUCCACCAGCUCUGAGGACGAGGAGCGCCGCAGGGUCAGCACCAGGCAACGCAACGCCGCACGGAGGCGCCGCAUGCACUUCCCCUGCAGGCCCAGUGGAGGGCGUCCCGAGUCCGCCCAGGCCCUGUACCCCGGGGGGGUCGACUCCUGCUCCUACCCCAAGAUCUCCAUGGAUGAGGCCUCAUCCUCCUCCGCAUCCUCCACGGAGCUGCAGCAGGGCCGGGACUCGGUCCAGAUCGGACCCCACAGAAGGAGCUCGAAAAUGGGGAGAUGUGCCAGCAAUUCGGGCAGACUUACCGGUUCCAACCCUGCAGUCUCUCUGGACAGCCAAGACGACCUUCUCAUCACCUCUCAGGACACCCUGCAGCAGAGGAACGAGUCCCGGGAGGGAGGGGUGACGGGGGCUGCUUUAGAGAGGAUGGACAACAGUAGCUGGGUCUCCUCUUCCUCCAGACAUCACCACAGCCCCCACCAGACUGAGAGGACUGAAGUGCCAGUAGACCGUCUGGCUCCAGACCUGUUUGCGUCCCCAGAUUCCAGGGGGGAGAGGGAGGCCUUGGCAGGGAAACAGACAGACACUAGGAACCAGGAAGAGGCAGGGCUGUCUUCUCAGAGAGGCCAGGCCCCGACCCAGGGGGCGCUAAAACGGACUCACCUGGGGUCAGGAGGUCAAGGGUCAGAGAAGAAGUUGAAGAGAUGAUGAUGACGCCUGUCGUGGGAAGGUGAUCAUUUGGUGAAAGACUGAUGUUGUCCCACAUUACCCUAUUCCCCGUAGCUCUCAAACCUCUCCUCUGGGACGUUGCACAACAUCGUUGUAGCCCUGAACUACCUCAUCUGAUUCACCUUGUCAAGGGCUUCAGGGUUAGUUGACUAGUUAAAUCAGGUCUGCUAGCUCUGGUAUAUAUUAAAUACAUGGAACAACUGGGGGGUCCCAGUAACACUGGCCCAUGGAACAACUGGAAGGUCCCAGUAACACUGGCCCAUGGAACAACUGGGAGGUCCCAGUAACACUGGCCCCUGGAACAACUGGGGGGUCCCAGUAACACUGGCCCAUGGAACAACUGGGGGGUCCCAGUAACACUGACCCAAAGAACUGGGGGGUCCCAGUAACACUGGCCCAUGGAACAACUGGGGGGUCCCAGUAACACUGACCCAAAGAACUGGGUGGUCCCAGUAACACUGGCCCCUGGAACAACUGGGGGGUCCCAGUAACACUGGCCCAUGGAACAACUGGGGGGUCCCAGUAACACUGACCCAAAGAACUGGGGGGUCCCAGUAACACUGGCCCAUGGAACAACUGGGGGGUCCCAGUAACACUGGCCCAUGGAACAACUGGGGGGUCCCAGUAACACUGGCCCAUGGAACAACUGGGGGGUCCCAGUAACACUGACCCAUGGAACAACUGGGGGGUCCCAGUAACACUGGCCCAUGGAACAACUGGGGGGUCCCAGUAACACUGACCCAUGGAACAACUGGGGUCCCAGUAACACUGGCCCAUGGAACAACUGGGGGGUCCCAGAGGAGAGGUCUGAGUAACACUACUUUUCACCAGGAGCCAAUGGUCCACAGUAGUAUACUAUGUAAAGGAAAGGGGGACAUUUCGGAUGCAACCUGAGACUCUCUGGCUUUUCUUUUGUGUUUUUACAAUUCCAGUUUCUUGGUUUGGUGACACUAAAAAGGGUGUCGCAAUUUAUCAUUUUUGCGCCAUUGGGACGUGUAUUCUGCUAAGAGCAGGACACAGUGGCUAUGAGGGCUUGGCUCUCGGUCUGUCAAUCAGAACAUACUGGAUAAUGAUUGGUCCAAUAUUACUGUGGCAGCAAUGCGUUCUGUAACUUCUAGAAAUUGUCAUCACUUCUGAGGUGAAACCAUAGAUGACAUUAAAUAUCACAAGAUCCAAAAAUAUGUAAUAACAUUGACAAUGGUAUUGUAAAUGCACUACUAGUUAGUCAUUUAGUCUUAAGGCAGAAUUUUUGUUGAAUUUAAAAAAACAACAACAUUAAAAUACGGCCGGUUUAGUUUUUGUUGUUGUUGAAGAAAGCAGGUUCAGGACGAAAGGCUUUGAGUCAUUUAGAUUUUUCAGUGAGAUUCUUGGUGAAGUGUCAGCAUUUCUAUGGCUAAUCUGUUGUUGCCAUGCAAACAGCUGGCUAAUCUGUUGUUGCCAUGCAAACAGCUGGCUAAUCUGUUGUUGCCAUGCAAACAGCUGAGUGGCGGCAUUUAAAAAAAUAAAUAGUUUCAGUGUUAAGGUUGAUAAUUGUUUCUUGUCUCUUCGUCUUCAUGUUUUAUUCUGGUUUAUUUAUUCAAUUAAAGAAUCAUUCAUUGUCUGGUUA